GCUACGUGGCCCAUACUGGUGGUCGCACGAAAAGCGAGGGAAACGUUUCCUAUAUUUCCGUGAACGAUUCUGAUGGGAGAAAAAGCCAGUUCGUGAAUCUUCCGUUACCAUACUCAUAGACUCAUAUACCCACUUCUGAAGCCUGCGUAGCUUCCCUCACAGAUCUCCGCGUUUGUUUCCCCUGUUGAUGGCUGAUAAAAUGCGGGAUCAGCUGUCGCCUUUCAUCGCUGAUGGGCCACAAGUAAUUGAACUCAAGUUAGUUCGAGAUGCUUCGGAGGUUGAGGAUGAGAGCACAACAUUCAAGGCUGAGAUGUGCCAUCAAGUCUACGGAGAGAAGGAGGUUAUCUUUGGCUACAAGGACCUCAAGAUCAAACUUUUCUACAGUGCCUGCCGUCUGACAACCUACAUUGGCAUUGAGUAUUCUUCCAAAGUCACCCCUGAUCUCUGUGAUGGUGUUGUGGCUGAUGAUGUUGAGAAGCCACUUCUUGAAAUCAUUCCUAAAGGUUACCUCAAAGAUUUGGGCCACUUCAAGGCAGCUAUCCAGGAGGAUGUUACUUUCAAGCCAUUUGGUUCUUUGAUUGAUCGCUUGGAGCUUUCCUCAGGUCAGACAUUUGAAUACUACAGCUGUGAUACCCAUGAGCCCAACUUCCUGCCCUACCAUGAACGCCUGCAAGCAUUCCUCAUGUGGUUCGUCGAUGGUGCAAGCUUCAUCGAUACCAGUGAUCCUCGGUGGCAUUUCUUCCUGGUAUUUGAGAAGUACAAUCCUGGUGAUGGUGUUCGAUAUGCAAUUGCUGGCUAUGGCACAGUCUAUGAAUAUUAUGCUUACCCCGAGAAGAUUCGACCCCGCAUCAGCCAAGUGCUCGUUCUACCUCCGUUUCAGAAAAUGGGAUUGGGAAGACACCUCGUUGAAAGUAUUUACAAUCACUACUUAGGAUCUUCAAACGUUCUUGACAUCACAGUGGAGGAUCCUUCAGAUGAAUUUGAAGCUCUCAUGGAUGUCAUUAACUGCAGGAAGUGCAUCACACUCCCAGCCUUUUCCAAAGAGAAGGUGAAACAGGGUUUCUCCCCUGAAAUGGUUGAAGAGGCACGGAAAAGUUUCCUCAUGCACAAGGAUCACGUUCGAAGGUCGUACGAGAUCCUUCGACUGUUGUUCACCAACCGAUCCGACAAGGAAGAGUAUCGUCAGUACCGCAUCGAAAUCAAGAGGAGGUUAUAUGCCCCUUUCAAGAUGAAUCAGAAGAGGGGAGGUGCUGCAAGGCGAGCAGGUAUCAGCACAGAUGAAACUCAGAUGACUCAGGAGCAGCAGGUUGAACUCAUCAAACAAAUGUACAAGGAAAUAGAGGAGUGUUACGAUGCCGUAAUUCAGCGGCUGAAGCGAAGUUGAUGUCUCCCGGCUGAGAUC